CGACCAAUAUGGCGCUGCCAUUGUACAGUCCGCUCAUGUCUUGACUGGGGGGAGGGCGAUCAAAAGAGAGAGAGGCAGUGGCACAUGGGCGGGGAGGGGCUUGUUGCGGGAACAAGGAGUGAACCUCUGGGAUAGAACUGUAACUUUGUGCCAUAAAGUUGCAUCCAGUACUAGUGCAGAAUUCUCCAUCGUUUCGGCCAUGGGUCGUGUCUCGCCGCUGGUAUCUCUGCUUGUCAGUACAGGGCUCCUGUUUCUGCCUCUGUGUUUUGCCUCGGAGAAUCAAUGGGUGGCCGUGUCUUCUGCUAUAGAGAUCUGUGGCUUUACGUGCAACCAGUACGGAGUUUAUCAGCUGGAUCGUGUCCCUCCUGCCCCCAUCUUGGAAUUUAUUUGCCCUGACAAAUCAGCACGUGCAUUCGUGAGAAUCUACGACCCAUACAAUGAGCGCGUUUUAGUUAAUGAGACCUCCGGCUGCUGCCUCAUUGGAAAUGCUCAGAGAUCAGACACUGGUGACUAUGCACUGGAAUGGUCUGGGAAGGACAACUGGAUCCGAACAACAACAUGCCGGGUUAUGGACCCAGUCUCUGUGUCCAACAUCACUACCAACCGCAGCGGAGAAACUGUGAGUGUGAGUGUUUCCUACAGUGGAGAGGAGGCCACAGUUCAGUGGACGUGGAAUGGAGGAGCCCUGCCUGAGAGACACCAGCUGAGUGACAGUAACAAGACUCUCACUGUACCCAGUACUGACACUGGUACAUUCACUGUCCUUGUCUCCAACCCAGUGAGUAGAAGCAGCACUGAGUACAAUGUGACACUGCCAGCUAAAGAAUCAGAAUCACAGUCUAAAACUGGGAUGAUUGUUGGAAUUCUUUUUGGUUUCCUUCUGUUUUUUGUCACCUGUGGAAUGGUUUAUUGGAUAGCGACAAGGAAAAAGCAAAAGACAAACAGAUGUCAAUAUCCCAAGGGAAUGUGCUGGAAAUGGCAGAGCUGUGAGAGUGUUAUAUGAAUUAUGUAAUAAUAUAAUUGUAGUUAUAACUUUAGCAAUAACCUUUACUUAUAUUAUCGAGUGGCCUGUUGCAUUGAAGUCUAAGGUUUCUGAGAUUAUUCCAGAAUAAUCUGAUGCUAAAAAGCGUUCGAGCUGCAGUGAAUCAAGCAUCGCUAUCCCUGUGCCUUUCUUUGCCAUUUUAUUUGUGAAACCAAUUUUUUGGAAGGUACUUUUUAAAAUGGCAAAAUAUUAUGGUCCAAGUUCCCAGUAGCCACAGGUCAUUUCAACCCAAAAUGUGAGACUGUGAGGCAGGUGAACAAACGAUGCAGUUACUGGAAUGUUCUUCAUACAAAUCUGCCCAAAUAUCUACGGAUCUAAUCAAUCCACUGAUAUUUGCUAGUAUUGGUCAGUUUAAUGGUGGGCCACACACUAGCUGGACUGUUUGAUUUUACCCUCAGACAGUAGCUAGAUUUUAUAAUGAGGGUGGAUCCCUGCAGUUCUAUCAGUCGCCGACCCAACUGCAUUGUUUUUUUUUUACUGGACCAAUAGCUAUCUCAACAAGUUUUAGAUAAGGGGGUUCUUUUUUCUCGACCCCUGUGCCUGUCUCUUUAGUGGUACCAUAACUUUGGCAAUUCCACUUAAAAAUUAGUGGUUACUUUUUUUACUUGAAAAGCAGGGUCUGGCAGUUAAACUUAACUAACCGCCUCACUCACCAAUUAAAGGAGAAGGACAGGCUAAAAUUAAGAAGGCUUUUUCAGAAAGGUCUAUAAUAAAUACAUUGGUAAACCCUCAAAGUAAUGCUGCUCUAAAAAGAAACACCACAUUUCUUUCCUUCUAUUGUGUACUCAUGGGCUUCUGUAUCAGACUUCCUGUUUUCAGCUUAAACCUCCAGGGCUUGGGCUUGAGCAUGCUCAGUUUGCUCCUCUCUCACUCCUCCUAUCCCUACUGUAAUCUGAGCCCAGAGCUAUUAGUGACCAGGGAGAGACUCAGGCAGGAAGUGAUGUCACACCAAGCUAAUAUGGCAGCUGCUAUCCUAAACAAACAGAGAGCUUCCAGAGCUGUUUACUCAGGUAUGGUAAAGCAUUCUGCAGAAUAAAUAUAGUGUUAUAGCUUGCACUAUUGUGGCCAAUCUAUUGGCAAUAAACUGCUUCGGUUCUUCUGUAAGAGGGCAACUUUUAUAUUCAGCUUUUAGACAAUUUUAGCAAAAGGUGAAAUGCAUAUAUUAAUCAAGUUCAUCCAUAUGAUCAAAUCGUUUAUACUUUUUUGAUACACCAGGAUAUAAAAAAGC